UUUCUUCCUGUCAGUCUAAAAAAAGGAGUAGAGUGAACCUUCGUCUGUUCAAAGUCUUCACACUGUCACCUCCAACAGCAUCACUGAAAGGACUCUCUGCAGAUUGUUCAGAGUAAAAUAUAAAUAUUUUUGGUUUCAGUAAAAGUCUGAGAAAAGCUUAAGGAGAGUCGACAGACUGAACUGUGCAGAAAUGACAUCUGUGAUCGGACUGUUGCUGAUGCUGAUCACAGUCACUGAUGGUGUGGUGACCCACUGUGAUGGCAGACAGAAUGGAGCUCAGUGUUAUGGAGCUUUGGGAGGAACUGUUUCUCUCCAGCUGAUGGACGACUUCUCAGGAAUACAUAGAUACCAGGUGAAAGCUAAAAACGUGACUGUACUAUCAGGAGGAAAAAAACAACAACCUGUGAUUAUGAGAAAGGACAGAUCUUCAUUUAUUCCCUCUAAUGGAACAUUUUGGAUCCAUAACCUGAGCAGGAAUGACAGUGGUGAAUAUAGACUUACAACACAUGAUUCAAAUGGAAAACUGAUAGAAAACCGCACCCUACAGUUAUUAGUUCAAGCUCCUGUGUCCUCCGUCUCGCUGGUCUCUGAGUGUUUGUCUCAGGGAGAGAUGAAGGUGUCCUGCUCCUCUGAGGGAGGGGACAGUCCUCAGUACAGGUGGACUCUGAAUGGAAAGUCACUGACAGAAGCUAAGCUGCUUUCUGGAAACAAGCAGACAAACAUCAUCACUUUGAAACAACACGUCUCAGGACGUCUGGUCUGCUCCUCCUGGAACCACGUCAGCUCUGCUUCUAAAGAGAUAAACAUCAAUAACUGUGGUUUCAUUUACAUAGACUGCACCAUUAAUGGGACGAAGAUAUCAAAGUGGGUGUUUAAGGAAAAUAACACUCUGUGUGUUGAACCAACAACAGAGAAACAAAGCAUUAUGGUUGGUGUUCUGUCUGCUCUAUUAAUCUUCUUACUAGUUGGAAUCGCAAUGAUUUGUACCAGGAAGAAAACACCCAUUGUAAAAGCAGAGGUAGGCGAUCAAGAGCUCAUCUACACUGAUGUCAGGAUUGUGAAACAGCAGAGCAAAAAACUGACACGAAAGCCUUGUGAAGACGUGGAUGUGGAGUACGGCCAGGUCAAGUUCAGGGAGCGACCUCAGCACAUGGACACUGCUGCAGAUGUUUACGCAAUGGUCCAAAAAAGACAGGGGACCUGAGAGGCUAAAAAGAACUGCAUUACUGCAGCAGAAGGAGGGAAAGCAGCAGGAGAAGAUUUUGCUUUUGUGUAGAGGAAUUUAAUAUAGAGAAAAAAAAACCCACAAAACCUGUUUUUGUUGCUUGUAGCUUUAUGAAGUUUUUUCAUUUCUUUAACAUUUUUGUGCUCUCAGUGCAUGUUUGUAUGCAGCAGGGACACUUUUCUGUUUAAUUAUAAGGAUUUUUUAUCCAUUUUUAGUACUAUUUUAUACAAUAAAUAUUCACCUUGUCUGUAUAUUUAAAAGAUUUUUAAAAGUAUUUUUAAUACAUUAGAAGAAAAAUAGAUGCAUAGGUUGCACAUAAAUUACACUCAACUUUU